AAUAGUUAUCACUGACGAAACAUAUGUCUGUAUUUUCUUGUUUCGUCUUGGUCUUGCGAACCAUGUCUUAAACUCUGAAGCAACAAUUUAAUAUAAUUGGACGCUUUGUCUAUAUGUGGUCAUUUUUAAGCAUGCCGUGUAUUUGAAAAGAUUUUGCAAUCAAAAGUGAUAUCUACUGACGUAUUCAGCACAUAAGCGAUUGAUAAUCGUAUUUUGGGUAAAAAAAAAAAAAUAGAAAUUUUUCAAAUUUCAAAAAUUCAAUUGAUUUCUCCCGUUUAUGUUUAAAAAAAAUGUAAAUAGUAUAAUAUUAAUAUAAUCAUAACAUUCAAUUAGUACUUAUUUAUUCAACUCAUAAUUUAGUGUAACAAAAGUUCUGCCAUCAAUUCAUGUUAACUGAAAACACAAGGCCAUCAACAACUUCAUACAAGGUAUAGUUUAUUUUACCAUUUUUAUUUCAUAGUAAUAGUCAUGGCCAAGUGGUUGGAUUCAGACGAUCUACUUCCAUACGACAACCAAGUUGGAGGUCAUAAAUUUACUAAAGAAAAACCAUUGUUAGGUUUAUUGAAACAUAAAGAAGGUUACAUAUUGAAAUCAGUAGAAGGUGGUACCAAAGGAAAGAAUGAAGUACGAUUUUAUGAAGAAUUAUUAAAAAAUGAAAGCCUAAUUAAUCUCAGAAAGUUAGUUCCAUUAUAUUAUGGUACUGUUGCUGUUCAAAUAAAUUCUUUAGACAUGACAUUCAUUGUUUUGGAUGAUAUUACCACGGGCAUGAAAAAACCGUGUGUUAUGGAUGUAAAAAUUGGUUCACAGACGUGGGAACCAGGAUGUUCAGAAAAAAAAAAAAAUGAUGAAAAUGCCAAAUAUACAGAAUGUAAAGAGCAAUGGAGUUUUUGUAUACCAGGUUUUCAAGUGUAUGAUUUAUUAAAUUCCAAUGUGGUACAGCCACAGAAAUAUGAUAAGGAAUUUGGAAAAAGUUUAGAUCCAGGAAAAGUUAUCUCUGUGUUCGAGACAUUUUUAAACUUUAACAGCGGAUAUCUAGGUCUAGAAAAACUAGUUCAAAGCUUUACAGCCCAAUUGGAUCACAUAAGACGAUACUUCCAAACUCAAAAACAUUACCAUUUUUAUUCUAGUUCGGUUCUGUUAGCAUAUGAUGCAGAAACAUUAAAAAAUGACAAAAGCACUUAUCCUUUGAUAAGAGUUUCAUUAAUAGAUUUUGCACAUGUAACUCCAGCUGAUGGUAAAAUUGAUUUAAACUAUUUACAAGGUAUUACUAAUUUAUGGACAUUGUUCCGAACACAAUUGUUACACAACAAUUAAUAUGAAUCUCUUCUUCAAUUGUUGGUGCCCAAUACUUAUUAAAUUAAUAUUUUUUUAGUUUUAAUGUUUAGCUUUACUUAUCUUACUUUGUUCAUUAUUCUUAUUGUUUAUUAAUUUUGUCGACAACCAAAAUUAAAAAUAAAUUAUAUUUUAUUUUACAUCUAAAACCCAUACACUAUCAUACAAUAGUAAUUUUACUUUCUUUUCUAAUAGUGUAUUUAUAUAAGAUAAAAUGUAUAAAUUUAAAUAAAAUUUGUGUACCUUAAUAUAUAUUAAUUCUGAAAUGUUUAAUUUAAUUAAUUUUGAUUUAAUUAUCAAAUUAAUUUGAUGGAAGUUCUAUUAACAGUUGAUUGAUGAAUUAUAAAGGUUAAUAUUGUUUUGUGUUAUUAUGAAUUAAUAUUAAAUUUAUUUAUUUUUAAAACUGUGAUCUUGUAGCCAAUUUUAAACAUUCAUAAUUAAUAAUAAAGGUAAUAUAUAUAAUGAAAAGUUAAAACGAAAACUUUAAUUGUAAAUAUUACAUUGUAUAUAACAAUAUUUUAACAUUUUAUUUUGUUAUUCAUAAUUAUAUUUUACAUAAUUAUUAUGUGUUCAAGAUUUAUUUUUACUUGUUUUAAUUUGAAAUCAUAUUAUUUAAACUUUGUAAGAGUAAAAGUUGAAAUAUAUAAUACAAAAAUUAA